ACUCAGUCACUCACGCACACACACACACACACACACUCCGCAAUAAUUUUGAUAGGAAUAUUUGCCUAGUGCGCUUCGAUGGAUGCUGAAGGUGAUGCAAAUUCUGGCAGAGAGAGUGGAGAUGCUCAAUCGGGUGAAACGUGCUUGGUUCAGAGCAGCACAGAGGAACAGCUCUCCGAGCUGGGAGAGGAGGCCGAGAUGUGGCGGAACAACGUAUACGAUUCGGUCCCGGUGAAGGACCAAGGAGCCAGGGUACGGGAGUCCAAAAGUGACAGGGACACCGGAUGGGCUGAAGACGAUACUAUAAUGAUGAAAAGUCAAAGCACAAUCAAGGUACCUGAGCCGUCCAACCAAGACGGUUAUUUCGAGGAUGGCAAGAGGCGCAUUGAUUACAUCAUAACCUACCCAAUAGACAAAGUUGAGCACACACGCCACCACUCCUCUAGCACCUUCAAAAGCGUGAAAGACUGCUGCUGCUGCACGGGAAAACGCGACAAGGCCAACACCACUCAUCACGACCCGGAGAGUGCCAGUAACGCGCAACACCUCAGAGAAGAGUUUGAACAUAAGCUUUUAGACAUGGGACUUGACCUGGAGAGGGAGGAAGAUGCUAAAAUUCCAGAUGUGGGUUUCCUGAAGAUCCACGCACCCUGGCAAGUUCUCUGUCGAGAAGCGGAGUUCAUGAAGCUUAAGAUGCCCACCAGAAAAAAAUAUGAAGUCGGUCAAGGAAGUACUCAUAUACGUGCAAUCAACAAGUUUAUCCAAAGACUGUCUGCACCACUGACGCCCAAAAUCGAAGAGAAGACCCCUCAUCAAGAGAAGCACAUCUGUUAUCCAUUCUCCAGGGAAAAACUGCACUUGUUUGAUCUGUCAGACAGAGAUUCCUUCUUCGACAGUAAAAUCCGUGCCUCAAUCGUGUGCGAGAUCAUAAAACGAAUAAAGUGCAUAGGAGUGAAGGAAAUCAUGGGCAUUAACACACUCAUUGCUCAGGGAAUUUACACAUCAGCCUACCCUCUACACGAUGGAGACAUUGACGGUGUUGAGGCUGAACCGAAUGAUAGAAAGGUGUUAUACGAGCAGUGGGCAAGAUACAGCCUUUUCUACAUGUACCAGCCCAUUGGAUUGAUCAGGAAGUAUUUUGGAGAGAAAAUCGGUUUGUACUUUGCCUGGUUGGGUGUGUACACUCAGAUGCUAAUCCCAGCAGCCGUCAUCGGUGUCAUCGUCUUCUUGUACGGCUGUAUCACUGUGGAUUCCAAUAUCCCCAGUAUGGAGAUCUGUGAUUCAAGGAACAACAUCACCAUGUGCCCACUGUGCGAUCGUGUAUGCAACUACUGGAAGCUGUCUGAAGCCUGCGGCACCGCCAGGGCCAGCCACCUGUUCGACAAUAUGGCCACCGUCUUCUUCUCCAUCUUUAUGGCGCUCUGGUCCACGAUGUUCAUGGAGCACUGGAAGAGGAGACAGAUGAGACUCGAUUACAUCUGGGACAUGACAGGCAUGGACGACGAGCAGAGCCAGCCGCGGCCAGAGUAUGAGUUCAAGGUCAACAAGAAGAGGCAGAAGAAAGAAAUGCAAUGUGAAAGUCUGAAGCAUGGACAUCACAAACUGACAUGCAAAGACAGGAUGCCAGCUUACAUGACCAUCCUUAUCAUGAUGCUCUUUCUGAUUAGUUUGACCUUCGUCAUCGUAUUCGGAGUCAUCGUGUACAGGAUUUCUAUCACGACAGCGCUACACAUGAGCGCCUCCUCUUCCUUUCGUUCAAACAUUCGGGCUACGGUGAAAACCACGGCCGCUGUCAUCAACCUCAUCAUCAUCAUCAUCAUGGACGAGAUCUAUGGAAUGGUAGCACGCUGGCUCACAGCUCUGGAGGUGCCAAAAACAGACGCAAGCUUUGAGGAGAGGCUGAUUUUCAAGGCUUUCGUCCUGAAGUUUGCCAACGCCUUCACUCCGAUCGUCUACCUGGCUUUCUUCAGAGGCAGGCUCAUUGGCCGGCCAGGCAACUAUUACUAUGUAAUUGGGAAUUACCGAAUGGAGGAGUGUGCUCACGCUGGCUGCCUGAUGGAGCUGUGCAUUCAGCUGUGCAUCACCAUGCUUGGCAAGCAGCUUAUCCAGAACAAUCUGUUUGAGAUCGGCAUUCCAAAACUGAAGAAACUCUUUCGCCGGUGUAAGACGAAAAGAGACUCAAAACAAGAAGAGGAGUUUCUCAAAACCCUGGCCCGACAUGAGAAAGACCACUUCCUCACCCCUUAUGUUGGCCUUAAUCCAGAGUAUAUGGAGAUGAUGAUCCAGUUUGGAAUGGUGACCUUGUUUGUGGCCUCCUUCCCUCUGGCUCCUCUGUUUGCGCUCCUGAACAACGUUUUCGAGAUCCGCCUGGACGCCAAGAAAUUUGUCAGCGAGUACAGACGUCCCAUCGCGGCGAGGGCUAAAGAUAUUGGCAUCUGGUACAACCUUCUGAGAGGAUUGAGCAAAGUGGCGGUCAUAGUGAAUGCGUUUGUGAUCUCCUUUACAUCGGAUUUUAUCCCUCGACUGGUUUAUCAGUACGUCUACAGUCCCGAUGGAACGCUGCACGGCUUCAUCAACCACUCCCUCUCCUAUUUCAACGUCACCGACUUUCAGGAAAAUACAGGACCAGUGAAUCAGAUAUUUCUGGACCAAAAAGUGGAAAUUUGCAGGUAUAAAGAUUACAGAGAUUCCCCAUGGUCAGAUACCCCCUAUCAACUAUCAAGAGAAUUCUGGAAUAUCCUGGCAGCACGGCUGGCAUUUGUCAUCGUUUUUCAGAAUGUGGUGAUGCUAAUGAGUGACUUUGUGGACUGGCUAAUCCCAGACAUCCCGAAAGACAUCAGCUUGCAAAUGCACAAGGAGAAGAACCUUAUAGUGGAGCUCUUUAUGAAGGAGGAACAGGGAAAGAAGCUUAGGGGCAAGCGAAGGAGCAACACCAGUCCCCCGGUACGCUCUUCAGCACCUGCGGAUAUACAAAUCAACAACCACUAGUAGAUUCGCCCAAGUGAGGAACGAGAAUACAUCUAUCCCUACAGCACAUCAGAAGUUUGUACGAAUCAUUAUGAGUCAGCUUGUGCGAAAGUCUAAAAGUUACAAAGGUUUAGGGCAAAAUGACACAUUAGCAGUGCAGCUCGCCGACUGGAGCCAUAGGAAAGUACAAGACUGCCUGAUUAUGAUCACAAGAGAUGCCCCAAGACUGCCAUAUAUCUUGCAGCUUAGCUUUUUCUGUUGUCUAGGUUACUUUGUAAACUGAGUAAAUGAAAUGCAGAGACAUCUCUUGGUUGGUUGGUUUGUUAGUUUUUAUUAAUAUGCAAAUUGUUAACGUUUUUACUAAUUUACUGUUUGUGUGUCAUAGGAAAAUUUCUAUGUAGUCAUUGUUGAUGUUUGUGUCCUUUACUGGAAUACGCUUUUUUUUCAUUGCUUUUAUAUUAAUUUUAAUUAAACCAUAUUCAACAAAUAUUCAAGUUUUUUUUUUAAGACAUUCUAAGAAAAAUUAGCACAUCCUAAUAAUGGCAUUCAAAUUUUUUCACAGCUGUUUUAUGUCUUCAUAAUACUGUAUGUAUAGUCUAUUAUAAAAAAUAGAUGCCUAUCAAAGUCAUGCCUGGGAAAGUCACAGUUCGGGAAAAAGGAUUGGGAACUAAACGUGCACCUUUUGUUUUUGUUAGCAAAUAAAAAACUGUGCAUUGUUAUAUAGUGCUGGGAAAUGCGAAAGGAAAAAAACAUCCUGGCCUCUUAACAUUUAGGGUAAAACAUUACUGACUGAUUCUGACUAACAGGAAUAAAUAACUAAUUUAUACUUUUGACAGCAAACUUGAAAUAUAUUAUACAGUAAAUGGUUGCAGUGCAUUAAAAAUAGUUUUUUGUUUUGUUUUGUCGUUUUAAUACAUUUCAGUAGUAAAAUACCUAAUCUCUUUCAAAGGGUAUACUAGACUAGAUGGCAUUAAAACAAAUAAUUACACGCAUGAAUGUUUUUGUACUGCUCAAAAUGUGUCUGCUGUCUUUUUAAUAAAUAUUUUCUGUAUAACUAUUAUGUUUUUUGUGGUAGAACAUAGUUGACACUAAAUUUGCAGCUCGAGGCCUUAACAAUGCAAAGUGUUUGUUGCUUUUUUAAAAGACCCUGCUUUGUACUUUGUCUGACUGGGUGGGAUCAAAUCUCAACUGGUUUGAUUCAGAGAUAUUUACUGAUGCUUGACUCUUCGGUACUAUACACGUGUCUAAAGUCUCAUCUCCUGUCUUGACUGUUAAAAUUGCAUGUGUAUUGCUAUGUCUUGUAAAACUUGCACUUUUAGACUUGUAUUCAAGUUUUAUACAUUUUUCAUUUGGAGUCAUCUCAAUAAAAUUAGCACGUUCUGCAUUUGCUCAAAGUUAAAGGAACAGUACUGACUUGCUCAAAGCAUCUUUUUUUUUUUUUUUUCUCAAUUUUGUCACUGACGUAGAAAAUAUAUAAACUACAUCAAGGACCAUUUAAGGACUGUUACUUUACAAAUAUAAUGUACUGAAUGUCCACAAUAGCUUGUCCUCUGAGAGAAAGUAAUGAAUGAAGUCUGUAAAAACUAGGCUUAGAACUAGGCUUCUUUAAUAUGGCAACAAUGCAGAUCUGUUACCAUUAAAUAAACUUGCUAUAAACCUCUGAA